AUGAAUACCGCAACUGUUCCUUUGGAAGCAGACUAUGUCAUUGUGGGUGGUGGCACUGCUGGCUUGGUCCUCGCCUACCGGCUGUCUGAGGAUCCUACCAAGUCAAUUGUGGUCUUGGAAGCUGGAAAGGACAUGACAGCAGAUCCUCGGGUGCAAAUCCCCGCCAUGUGGACAACGAUGAUGGGGUCUGAGGAAGAUUGGCAGUUGAAAUCCACUCCUCAGAAUCAAUUGAACAACCGAGUCAUUAAGGCAACCCAGGGAAAGAUCCUAGGAGGCUCUUCCGCGAUCAAUGGCCAGGCCUUCAUCGCACCCUCACGAUUUGUCUACGACGCAUGGGCAAAAUUGGGCGCCGAGGGAUGGUCAUGGGAGAAUGUUCACCCAUACUAUCAGAAAUCUUACACUCUUCAACUUCCAGACUCUGCCACUCGCGAGCAUCUGGACCUUGGUAGUUGGGUAGACGAGAAAAGCCAGGGAUCAUCUGGCCCACUCAAGGUUUCCUUCCCUGCCGUGCUUCAGGAUCCCCUAGCUAAGGCAUGGGCCGAUACUUUCAAAGCACUCGGGCACUAUGUUACAGCGGAUCCUUUCUCGGGAAACUCGGUAGGUGGCUAUAGCAAUAUGGCCGCAGUUGACUAUGUCACCAAAACAAGAAGCUAUGCUGCGUCGGCAUAUGGAAUUCCCGCAAAAGAGCGCCCGGGCGUUCAUAUCAUUACCGAGGCACUGGUUCAGAAAGUCCUCUUCGAUGGAACAACGGCUACCGGGGUUCUAGUCGCCAUAAACGGGCAAAGUCACACCGUCGGAGCCAAGAACGAGGUUAUUAUCUCGUCUGGCGCUCUUAAUACCCCCAAGCUCCUUGAAUUGUCUGGAAUUGGCAACAAGGAGAUCCUGGAUCGAUAUAACAUCCCCGUCAUCGUUGACAAUCCCAACGUUGGAGAGAACCUUCAGGAUCACCUCAUGUCUGGCAUCAGCUUUGAGGCAGCUGACGGAAUAGUAACAGGAGACCCUUUGAUGCGUCAAGAACCGGAGGCGAUACAGGAAGCUAUGAGGCUAUACACUGAGCACCAAGCCGGCCCCUUUACGAUCGGUGGUGUUCAGUCAAGUGCUUUCAUGCCUUGUCUAGACGAGAAUGGCGCCAGAAAUGAAAGCUACAUCACAGAGCUUAUGCAUCGCUUCCUCUCGGGUCCUAAGGAUCGGGAUGAGGCUAUCCGCGAUAUCUUUGCACAGCCUGACUCUCCUACCUGCUCUCAGUUUAUGUUCCUUUGCCAGGCCAACCUUCACGAGACAGGGAAGAGUUUUGUUGGCCAGCAGCUCCACCCCGGUAAUUUUGUCAGCCUGGGUGUUAUUCAGGGCAUACCUUUCUCUCGUGGUAGCAGCCAUAUCUCGUCAGCCAACUCAGAAGAUAAGCCGAAUAUUGACCCCCGCUACUUCUCUCACCCCUUGGACUUGGAAAUCAUGGCACGCAAUUUGUUGGACGUCGAGAAGCUCCACAAGGCAGAGCCUCUGUCGCAAUUCCUCAAACCUAACGGGCGCCGAAAUCAUCCUGAUGCGUUCCUGACCGAUCUUGAAUCUGCCAAGAAGUACCUACGCGAUACUGCGUCGACAUCGUACCACUUUUGCGGUACCGCAGCUAUGCUACCGCGGGAAAAGGGCGGUGUCGUUGAUGAGAAGCUGCGGGUGCAUGGAACGACUAAUUUACGGAUCUGUGACUCAAGCAUUAUCCCGGUGAUCACCGUUGGUAACACCAUGACUGCGGUGUAUGCCGUGGCAGAACGAGGCGCAGAUAUCAUCAAGGCUGAUGCUUAA